UAUCACUCUUCCCCAUAUCCCUCCCAUUCUAUCGGGAAGAUCUCUUUUGCUCAUAUGUACAGCUUCACAAGGAUCCCACUUCUUUCUCAUCUCUUUUUUUCUCUCUGAAACUCACGGAGAAGCCAAGGUAGCGAAGAUGGCGGAAGAGAAGGAGAAUGAGGAGGUCUACGUCGGAUCCAUCGACCAGGGCACGAGCAGCACCCGCUUCGUAAUCUACGAUCGAGAGGCCAACCCCAUUGCUUCUCACCAAGUGGAAUUCACCCAGUUCUACCCCGAGGCCGGGUGGGUUGAGCAGGACCCGAUGGAGAUCUUGGAGAGCGUGAAGAUGUGCACGGCGAAGGCCCUCGACAAGGCCACGGCGGACGGGUACAAUGUGGACAGGGGCUUGAAGGCUAUUGGUAUUGCGAAUCAGAGAGAGACCACAGUGGUUUGGAGCAAGUCCUCCGGUCUUCCCCUCCACAAUGCCAUCGUCUGGAUGGACGCCCGAACCAGCUCUGUCUGUAG